GUAAAGCCUGACCUGCACUACGGAAGUUCAGACACACGCCUGUGGACCAACCAUGGGACUGGAACAAAUUCAUGCUCAGCUAACCACCGCGGCCUGUGGGCUCCUGCUUCUCCUCCAGGUCCAGGGCCAGGACCCAACCAGUCCCAUCAGGACCACACACACAGGCCAGAUACUGGGUAGCCUCAUCCAUAUGAAGGGCCUUGAUGUGGAUGUCCACUCUUUCCUGGGAAUUCCCUUUGCCAAGCCUCCUGUAGGACCACUGCGCUUUGUCCCCCCUGAGCCACCUGAACCGUGGAGUGGUGUGAGAGAUGGGACCUCACAUCCAGCCAUGUGUCUGCAGGACAUCACUGCAAUGAAUAUGCAGGCCUUUAAGCUAUUGAAGCUGACUUUGCCUCCCAUCCCCAUGUCUGAGGACUGCCUAUACCUUAACAUCUAUACACCAGAUCAUGCCCAUAAGGGUUCCAACCUGCCUGUGAUGGUGUGGAUCCAUGGAGGCUCACUAGUUAUAGGCAUGGCUUCAUUGUAUGAUGGCUCCAUGCUGGCAGCCAUGGAGAAUGUAGUGGUGGUCACUAUCCAGUACCGCCUAGGUGUCCUGGGCUUCUUCAGCUCGGGAGACAAGCAUGCCAGAGGCAACUGGGGAUUCUUGGACCAAGUGGCCGCCCUACGCUGGGUCCAGCAGAACAUUGCCCACUUUGGAGGCAAUCCUGACCAUGUCACUAUUUUUGGCGAGUCAGCAGGAGGCAUAAGCGUGUCUUCACAUGUUGUAUCCCCCAUGUCCCAAGGACUUUUCCACGGUGCCAUCAUGGAAAGUGGGGUGGCCCUGAUGUCGAGCCUCAUCUCAACAUCUUCUGACAUAGUCUAUAGAACGGUGGCCAACCUGUCUGGAUGUGAGCAGGUGGACUCUGAGACCCUGGUGAACUGUCUCCGAAGCAAGAGCGAGGAUGAGAUUAUGGCUAUUAACAAGGCCUUCAAGAUCAUCCCUGGUAUAGUGGAUGGUAUCUUCCUGCCCAGACAUCCUCGGGAGCUGCUGGCCUCUGCUGACUUUUACCCUGUCCCCAGCAUUAUCGGUGUCAACAAUGAUGAGUACGGUUGGAUCAUCCCCUCGAGCAUGAGCACCACUGACUCCAAGAAGGAGAUGGACAGACAGAUGGUGCAAGCUAUCCUGCAGAGGAGGGCAGCCCAGAUGAUGUGGCCUCCUGAAGUUAGUGACCUGCUGAUGCAGGAGUACAUGGCAGACAAUGAGGACCCUCAGUUUCUCAAAGUGCAGUUCAAGGAGAUGAUGCAAGACUUCACCUUUGUGGUGCCUGCGCUGCAAGUAGCACAAUUUCAACGUUCCCACGCCCCUGUCUUCUUCUAUGAGUUCCAGCAUCGGCCCAGCUUCUUCAAGGACUCCAAGCCACCCCAUGUGAAGGCUGACCAUGGUGAUGAGAUUCUCUUUAUCUUCAGAUCAUUUUUGGGAGGCACCCAAGUUGACCUCACUGAGGAGGAGGAGCUACUGAGCAGGAGGAUGAUGAAGUACUGGGGCAACUUUGCACGACAGGGGAACCCCAACAGUGAGGGUCUACCCCACUGGCCUGUGUUUGACCAAGAUGAGCAGUAUCUGCAGCUGAACACCCAGCCUGCUGUGGGCCGAGCCCUGAAGGCCAGAAGGCUGCAGUUCUGGACCAAGACUCUACCCCAGAAGAUCCAGGAGCUAAAAGAUACUGAGGACAGACAUACAGAGUUGUAGCACCCUGUGUUGAGUUGUAGUUUGUCCUGAGUGCAGGUGGGCUUAUUCUGAACUUUCCAAACACCUUAAAAAGAGAUGUGGGAUCCACAUUUUUACAUAGUCAUUAGGUCCAUACACUCAACAAUUACGAAGUUUCCCCUACAGGAUGUAUGUUCCUUGCUAAGCCUGACAUGGGUUGCUUCUAUUACAUACAACAAACAUACAAGAGACUAUGGAUGGGUGAGUUCCAAUUGACAAUACCUUCCUUCAGGCUACAGUAGACACGGCCCCUCCAUCCAUCCCUCGCUCCCUUCUGCCCAUCUCCUUUCCUCUCCUCAGGCCCUCAACUACAAGUGUUGUCCCUGAGGAGAAUCUUACUAAUCUUGGUGACCGAA